CACACACACACACACACACACACACACACACACGCCUGAGUGACUUCCACAUAUAAAUAGCGCCUCUCUGGCCCUCUGUAGGAGUCCUGAAAGAGGAGCCUCCCGUCCAAACCUGCAGGAGUUCCAGCUGAGGCCACAGGAGUUCAGGCCCACUCUGAACACGGAGCCCUUCUCCAGGUUCUUUCUCUCCCAUCCUGAUUCUUGCCACCGGAUGCAGAUGCCCGGCCCGCUGACAGCGGAGCAGGCUUCUCACCCUGAGGACCUGUGGAGGAAGCAGCCGGUACCAUACCGGCUUGGAGGACACUUCAGGAAAAGAGCCCCUGGCAACCACUGAUCUGCUUCCUGUCACUAGUUCUGCCUUUUCUAGUGUUUAUAAUUUCAUAUAAACAGAAUCAUACAUUAUUAUGAAUAAAGCUCCUAUGGACAUUCAAGUACAAGUCUUUGUGUGGACAUGUGUUUUCAUGUCUCUUGGAUAAAUAUAUAGAAGUGGAAUUACUUGAUCAUUUGGACACUGUCCUCUCUCUGUGUGAUGGCAUGCUCACGGACCUGCUCCCAAAUACUGGGGCUGAGCCUCGGGACUACAGCCCUGUUUGCUGCUGCGGCCAACACAGUGCUCCUCUUUCCUAACUGGGAUGUGACCUACCUGUUGAGGGGCCUCAUUGGCAGGCAUGCCAUGCUGGGCUCUGGGCUCUGGGGAGGAGGCCUCAUGGUUCUCACUGCAGCUACCCUCAUCUCCUUGACGGGCUGGAGAUAUGGCUGCUUCAGUAAGAGUGGGCCCUGCCGAAGUAUGCUUACUGCUCUGCUGUCAAGUGGCCUGGCUUUUCUUGGAGCCUUGAUUUGCUUUAUCACUUCUGGAGUAGCCCUGAAAGAUGGUCCUUUUUGCAUGUUCGAUGUUUCACCGUUCAAUCAGACACAGGCUUGGAAACAUGGUUACCCAUUCAAAGACCUGCAUAACAGGAAUUAUUUGUAUGACCAUUCACUCUGGAACUCUGUCUGCCUGGAGCCUUCUAAAGCUGUCAUUUGGCACGUGUGCUUCUUCUCCGCCCUUCUGUGCAUCAGCCUCCUCCAGAUUCUCCUGGUGGCCAUUCAUUUCAUCAACAGCUUCCUGGGCCUUUUCUGCAGCCUCUGUGAGAAGUAACAGCCCAGAGGAAAAGGCCAUGUGAAGACACAGCCAGAAGGUAGCCAUCUGCAAGCCAAGGAGAGAGGCCUCAGUAGAAACCAACCUUGUUGGCACCUCAAUCGUGGAUUUCCAGCCUCCAGAAAAUAAAUUUCCAUU